CACAAGCCAUCUUCUUCCUUUGGAGAAAUCAUCAUCUUCCUUAGGAGGAUUGUGUGUGCUAAAAAAGAUAAAUACAAUUAUUUUCUCCAAGAAUGGCUUCAAAAGGAAUUAUAAUAUGCAUGGCCUUACUUCCAAUAAUGACCAUGAUUUCAGUACAAGUGGUCAUGGCUCAAUCUGAUUGCACAAGCACACUUAUGACUAUGGCUUCAUGCCUUAGCUUUGUCACCGGAAGCGCGACAAAGCCGUCGGCCUCUUGCUGCUCCGCCCUCUCUGGGGUGUUGCAGUCUAAGCCACGGUGCCUUUGUGUCAUUGUGAAUGGUGGUGGUUCAUCAUUAGGCGUUCAAAUUAAUCAAACUCAAGCACUUGCGUUGCCUAGUGCAUGCAACUUGCAAACUCCUCCUGUUAGUAAAUGUAAUGCUGGUAAUGCACCGAUAAUUUCUCCAGAGGGUGCACCUACGGAAGGAACUCCAGAUUCUUCGACUGGCCAUGUAGCUCAGGUACCAAAGGCGACAGGAAGCAGCAGUACAUCUAAUGGAAGCUCUUUGAAGGUUCCAAUUCAAGUUGUUGUUGCCAUCCUUCUUUUCAUGGCUUCCUAUGUUUUCAUGAUUUGAAGUUUAUGAGUUUUAUGUGGGAGCUAUGGAGUAUCUUAGUACUAAAUAAAGUAGCACUAUGAUGUUACAUGUUAUGUUGGGGAGUGAUUUAUUUGUAAUUGGCUUAAGUUUGUUGUGUGUCUGUUACUUGUUGCAUUUGUUUCGCUAAUAUUGUACCAGUAUUUAUGAUUCAGUAAGUUUAAUUAU